UAUACAUGUAGGUUUAUACUCGACUUAAUAAACUGUUCUUAUGCCUGAGUAAGAACUCACUUUAUAAUAUGACGGAAAACCUUGGUAAAAAGCAUGAUGCUGAAGUUAUGGAUUGGAAGGAAAAGCUGCUGAAACAUCUGCCUACACAGACUGAAUCAUAUCGGAAUCAUAUAUUUUUUGAUAGUGAUAAAACAGAGGAUACCGACGUUUUGGAAGAGGGUAGCGAGAAUUAUGAUGAGAAACCUAAUUUGUGUACUGAUGCACUGAAUUCAGAAGAAAUGAAUGAUUGUCAAGUCCCUGCUGGUGCUACAGUUCAUAUUGCAAGUGAUAUACAUGUACAUGAACCAGAUGAACAAUCUCAGCCUUCUCAUAAUUCUACUCCUGUUCCACCUUCUUUUUCGAACCUAACUGUUGUCUCAAAUAUGUGCCUUGACAUAAAUGUAGAGUCUGGUUUAUGUAAAGAUAACAUCUGGACUGGUUUCAAAGUUGUAGGGGACAAUUUAGACAUUACUGUUCACCCCAGAAAUCAACGUACAGAUGUCAAAGCAAAAUCACUUCACUUUUUUCAGUGUUUCACUGUAAAGGAUUGCAUUGAUCUUACCCUUGCUUCAGAGUCUCCAAAUCCCCUUUUGCACAAGAGAAUCUCAGAGUUACCACUAGACACCUUGCUCCCAUCACUUUCUGAUGACCAAGCCAUGGUGCAUAAUACGUCAGUCAUAAUUGGUCGAAUAUUGACUUGAAAUUUAUCAUACUUUGGUCAAACCUUUGAUGGUGUCGUUGAGAAGCACAUAGAACACAUACAUUAUAAGGAAAUGUCCUCACAAUCAGACACGGUGCCCUUAGGUGUAAUAUUAAAGAACGAAAAUGUCAUUGAAGAGAUGAUUGAAGUGCUUUUAAAACUACAGUCAUAUGUACCAACACAACACCAUACCGAUACUGAUCAACUGAACCAGCAGGAAGUUAAUCGUGACAUUAUUCACAAGUUAUUGUUUGGUGGUGACCAGUUGACUAGAAAGAGGGUUCAGUCAGCUACUGAAGGGUGAAGAAAUAGCAUUGAUCCUGCUACAAGGUUAGAUCGUGCUGUGCCCGUAUGUGAAGAUUGGCAUGCUAAAAAGAUUUUCUUUGAGCUGAUAUGGGCAUGGCUGUAUGAUACCAAGAGUUUCCUUGAUAAAGGAACACUUUGUCAACUCAGAAACCUCAUAAAUAGAAGGAACAUCUCUGCAAAGGCAGCCAAAGACUUCAAUGCAUGUGACGAUUUUUUUAUUUCUGUUGUCGAAAGCCAUAUAGUUGUGGCUACAAUGAGUUUUCUCAAAAUGAAAUCUGUAACAGAUAAUCCUGUACAUCAGCUGCUAAGUGCAAAUUUAGCCUGGAAUGUGAUGAGCAGCAUAGUAAAGCGUUACAUCAAGUAUCAAAGGAAAUAUGUUUGGCUUAUGUUGACAUUUUAGCUCAUUUUGAUCAAUAUAAUGUUAAAGGAGACGGGGUGAUGUCUUAUGCUGUUCAGAUUUUAUCGCAGGGACUAUUAUGCUUGGAAUUUUCUGAGGGCAUAAGGGAAGGUGAUGGAGAUAGAAUGCUUCCUUAAUAUUUGUUGAUAGAUUUUAAAGUGAGAAGAAGAAAGAAUUAUUCAAUAGAGGCAUUGAAUCUCCUAGCUCAGUAUCAUUUUUUUUCUCCCACAAAGACAAGCAGAGCAGCUGAAAUUGUCACGUUGCAUCAACAUUCAUGGGUUGCCAGGAAGAAACAUUCCAUGUGAUUUGUUCAUGGAACAUCUGAACAGGAUAUGUAAAGAGGCUGUCUUGACUUUGGGUGCCAACAAAACUCCAAAUGCAUUGCAAUGAGUUGAUCGUUGUUUACUCAGAAACUACAAUCAAGACACAAAUGUUUCCUACAUAUCAUGCUAUCACACUACCCCAAAAGACAAUGAUGAGAGGAAAUUUAUAAUUAAAGAGUUGCUGGAGGCAGCUGUAUUUUCAUAUAAGGAUAAACGGUCUCAUAGCUGUCUUAAAGAUAUCAAAAUAAACGUAACCGCAUCAACAAAACACAAUGAGAAGUUCCUCAAAUGAAUGAAGAAGCAACUUUGUAUCAUUCAGAAGUUCUACCUUUAAUAAUUAUUUUAUUUACAAAAUUUGAUUAAAAAAGAGGAAUAAAUGAAUAAUUGCAUUGCAAUAAUUCAAUGUACUGCUUACAUUUACAUUUAGCAAUACAUAUAUCACAGC